AUGUUCACUGCUGUCGGCUCACAAAUACCCAUAAACCCUUAUAUAACUCCAUCCUCCUCACCAGCCCCCAAACCAUCUGCCAAGCCUACAAACAUCAGAAUCUCACCGACAGGUAUGUUCCUAUCCAUCAGAAUAAAAAUGGCCUCCCCCAGUAGUUUCAUCACCAUCGCCUCCCCCACUGCAACACUCGAUGCCUCAACACAGCACUAUCACGGCAAUCCCAGCCGCUCUGACAAGAUAGCCAUCAUUGGUUUGGCAGUCGGCAUGGCGGUUCUGUUUCUCCUCUUUAUUGUUCCGUGCUGUUGUCUGCAGUAUCUGGCCCAUCGGCAGCAGAAGAAGGAGCAGAGAAAAGAGGUUCAGGAGCGUGCUACAAGAGCGGCGAGACUCAAUGUGGCGGCUGGUAAUGGGUCAACUGCGGAACAGGUUUAGGUAAGUUAUAGCGAGUGUACACUCAGGCAGGUAGGUCAGACAAGGUAGAGGUUGAGGUUGUUUGGAAUGGCUGUAAGUGUAUGUGGCUAUCAGUGCCAGUCAUCUAGAAAUGAUAUGUUCGCAGACUUGGGCAUUCAUUAACCAAGUCCAAACGGUUACAUGAUCUUGUCCAUACGCAAGUUUAUUAUCUUCUUCACUUAUCGUUUGCUACACAGAAAUAUACAAAAACAGUGUUCCCAUA